CACUCCCCCCAACACACACAGAUCAACACACACGCGUAGGAGGAAGUGCUGACACCACAUGGAAAUGGAGAGCGAAAUGGAGAGCCAGAAGAGAAACGUUAUUAGCACGGAUGAUCUGAUAGCUGAUAGGACUGGUUCUCAAGGAUGUUGCGGCUGGCUUCUGGUCAUCCUUUCUGGCCUGUUUGUCCUCCUCACGUUCCCCGUCUCCAUCUUCAUGUGUGUCAAGAUUGUUCAAGAGUAUGAGCGCGCCGUCAUCUUCAGACUGGGCCGCAUUACAGACAGGAAGGCGAAGGGACCCGGUAUCUUCUUCGUGCUUCCAUGUACUGACUCCUUCAUCAAAGUUGACCUGAGGACCAUUUCAUUCGACAUCCCACCACAGGAGAUCCUCACUAAGGAUUCCGUGACCGUGUCUGUGGACGGCGUGGUGUACUUCCGGGUCAACGACCCCAUCUCCUCAGUGGCCAACGUGACCAACGCCGACUACUCCACCCGCCUGCUGGCCCAGACCACCCUCAGGAACGUCCUGGGAACCAAGAACCUGGCCGAGGUUCUGUCCGACCGCGAGGGCAUCUCUCACAGCAUGCAGUCCACGCUGGAUGUGGCCACAGACGUGUGGGGGAUCAAGGUGGAGCGCGUGGAGAUCAAGGACGUGAAGCUGCCUCACCAGCUGCAGAGAGCCAUGGCGGCCGAGGCGGAGGCGUCCCGCGAAGCCAGGGCCAAGGUGAUCGCCGCAGAGGGAGAGAUGAACGCGUCACGCGCCCUGAAGGAGGCCUCCCUGGUGAUCUCCGAGUCUCCCUCCGCCCUCCAGCUGCGCUACCUGCAGACCCUCAGCACCAUCGCUGCCGAGAAGAACUCCACCAUCAUCUUCCCUGUGCCCAUGGACAUUAUCAGCCACUUCAUGAAGAAGUGAGGUCAUCAACCUGCGCCCCGCCGGCUCUGAUGAGUUUUGGUGCUCGACAGGAAUCUCAAACCCUUUCACUUCUUCCUUGUGCACGUACGGACCUCUUUUGAUGACCUCAGAGAGCCGUGGGCAUAGCACCGUUUCCUCAACCAACAUAAAUACGUAGAACGUGUGACUCCAAUGUUUGUGUUUUUACUCUGUGACUAAAUAGUGUUUUCUAAAAGUUCUCUAUGAAAUGCUCAUUCUGUAAUCAAGUGCUAUUUCUCAACACCUCGUGCAAUGCAUUUGCUGUUUACUGUUUGAUUGCCAUCCCACAUGAGUACGGAUGAAAUGACUAUGGAAUUACAAAAUGUGACCUCUCAACUAUUAAGAAAUAAAGUCAGAGAUGGGUACUCUGAAA